AUGUACACCAUCAUCUUACUAUCAUUGUUUCUCGCAACCUUUGUCUUAUACAAUCGAUACAAAAACAGACCACCUCCUGGAAAGAAAGCCGCGCCUGGGCCUGCUGGUCUUCCAAUACUAGGAAAUGCACACCAACUGGGCAAGCAACCGCACCAGCAAAUCACAAAGUGGGCUCGCGAGUAUGGCGAAGUGUACAAGAUCCGUUUGGGAUGGAACGACUGGUACAUGGUCUGCUCGCCGGAUGCAUGCAAGGAGAUUCUCGACAAACAGUCUGCCUACACCAGUUCACGCGCGCCGUUUCCUGUAGCUGGUGAUGCGCUGAGUGGUGGUAUGCGUUUCCUAUUUAUGGAGUACGGACCCGAGUGGCGGAAGCUGAGAGGCAUCAGUCAUAAGUUGCUUACUCCAGCUGUGAGUGCGACGUUCAAACCGAGUCAAGAGUUCGAGGCCAAGAUGUUGCUGGAAGAGAUUCUGAAGGGUGCGGAUGCGGAGAAGGGAAAUGAUGUUAGCUACAUGGCGAUUAGGAGGUAUACUGUUAGUGUAAUCAUGACAAGUACAUAUGGGAGAAGGAUACCGCAGUGGGACUGCCCCGAGGUUCACAGCAUCUACGAGAUCAUGAAUGAUUUCUCUACAAUAGCAAAGCCGGGAGCGUACCUUGCAGAUACUCUUCCUUUUUUCGGCAAACUUCCGCCAAGUCUACAAUGGUGGCGCAAAGGUGUCAAGCCAUACUUUGACAAGCAGGCCAAGCUAUGGAUGUCAUUCUGGAGUGCACUCAAAACCCAAAAGGAAACCAGACAGGCACCCGAAUGCUUUGUUAAGCAAUUCAUGGAGAGUGGUUACGAGGAACAGGGCAUCAGCGAACUCCAAGCCGCGUUUUUGGCGGGCAGCAUGAUCGAAGCAGGAAGCGAGACAACGUCCGCCGCACUGAACACUGCGAUCUUAUACCUCAGCGCCAAUCCAGAUGCAAGAAAAAGAGCAGUCAACGAGAUCCAGGAAGUCAUCACCUCCUCUCGAUCUCCUACAUUCGAUGAUGAACCGAAACUGCCCUACAUCCGCGCCAUCGUGAAGGAGACACUACGUCUACGCCCCGUCACCAACAUCGGCACACCGCAUUAUACGACUGCGCCCGUAACCUACAAAGACAUACAUAUCCCCGUAAAUUCAGUCGUCUGCCUACAGCAAUACCCUAUUCACUACGAUCCCACUGUGUUUCCCGAACCCCAACGCUUCACACCCGAGAGGUAUCUUCACCACCCCCACGGCUCGGGCCAUUAUGCCGCAGGUCCAGCCGCCAGUCGCGACCAUUGGGCUUUUGGUGCUGGGCGCAGGAUAUGCAGUGGCGUGCAUCUAGCUGAAAACAGCAUGUUCAUUGUACUGGCAAAGCUACUUUGGGCUUUCGAUAUCUUGCCACCACUUGAUGCACACGGCAAAGAAGCUCAGGUGGAUACGAGUGAUGAUUCUUUUGAUGCAGUAGGUAGUACUACCAUGGCGAAGCCUUACGGGGUGAGGUGGCGGGUGAGAAGCGAGGAGAUUAGAGAGACUAUCUUAAGAGAGGCGACGGAAGCAAGAAGGGAUGGGUAUGUGUUGAGGGGCGUGCGCGUCGGCGAGGCAGGUGUUGAUUUGUAA